ACUUAAUUUUGAAUUAGCAAUACAAACUUUAUUUUCAAACAGUUUCAAGAACAAGGAGUUGUGUGGAGAAGGAGCUGUGUCGAUGGGAAUCUGUGAUUAGGUUGUAUGUGAAAUGUACAUUAAUUUUAAAAUGAGUUCGAAAGAUUCAGUAUAGGUUGCUUAUUACUAUUUGUAACUCCAAUUAAAAAAAAAAACACAUCAGACGUGUAUACUAUUGUUAUAAUCUGUGAUACAUCGUAACGCUUAUCGUUUCAAGAAUGCCUAGAGGUCGUGGAGGGAAAAGACACAAAGGACGAAGUCGCCAUUUCACUAGCCCAGAAGAACUUGAAGCUGUGAGAAAAAAAACAGAAAGAGAGAAAAACUGGCGAGAACAAAAGGGGGAAUAUAGUAGUAGUGACAGUGAAGAUGAAGGUGCCACAGGUGAAAAGAAAAGCUCAUCAACUGACUCAGAGGAAAGUGAUUCUGAAAAUGAACAGUUAAAGGUAAAGGGAGUAGAACACCUAAUUGAAGUUGAGAAUCCCAAUCGAGCUGCUAAGAAAAAACUUCCCAAGACAGACCAGAAUGUUACUGAAGACAAGCCACAGCUUACUCGGAGAGAAAGGGAAGAGCUUGAACGUCAAAAGGCUAAAGCUAAUUAUAUGAAGCUUCAUGCUGCAGGAAAAACUCAGGAAGCUCAGUCUGAUCUUGCUCGGCUUGCUCUGAUUCGUAAACAGCGAGAAGAAGCUGCAAAAAAGAAAGAAGAAGAAAGGAAAGCAAAAGAAGCCACUAAAGCAGCAAAGUCAGAUGCUCUGAACAAGGCUUUAGGAAAGAAAUCUUGAUUUACUGAAGUGUUUUUAUUAGGUCUAUCUGAGAGAAAUACCUUCUUUUGUACAAUACAAUUGUAAUUAUGUUUUUCUGCUUCUCCAGUGGCCAGCUGGCAAACACAAGCUUGAUGAUGUAGUUUCAUAAAUAAAAUAGUGUUUUUGAAAAAUCAAAAAGGAAAAGAGAGAAUAAAACCAGCAUUAUAUGUUACAAGGUUUGUAUUUUUUGCUAUAGAAGAAAGUCAUCUUACAAAAUAUUAAAAGCAUUUUUUUCUUUCUUGUGUUAACUGUAAACCAUUUUUAACUAAAAUGAAUUAAAAACAUUAGAAUUGUUAGCAAGCUAAGACUGGGUCUCCAACUAGGUGAAUAAUUAGUCGAUUCGUCACAAGUUUAUAUACAGUAAUUUAUAUAUAGCUUCCAGAAGAAGCUGUUGAAUUACAUAUAAAAUUUACAAAGUCUACAUAAUGAAAGUUAACAUCCAUUAUGACAGAACACAAGUUGUAUAGAAAGAGGUUUCGACACUUUCAAGCAUCUUCUUCAAUCCAACAUUUGCUUAUGAAAGAGUUACACACAGCUUAUUUUAUAAUGAAGGUUUCAAGUUGCUUCAGUACACAAGAUGUAAGGAAGAUGUUCAGUUAAGAGGUGUUAAAGUUUGGCAACCUUUGAAUUAGCAAACUUUCUACAGUUCAUCUUUUGACAUCAUUUCUAGUUUUAUGUAUUAUUGUGACUGAGUUUCUGUUGAAUUAAUUAUCAGUAUUCCUCAUGUCUAUAAAAAUAGCAAUAUUUGUUUGACCAUUUUAAACAUCUUUUUAUGUUCCACAGUUGUUUUUAAAUUUUUUUCAUUUCAUCAGUAUAAACUUUUUUCUGGAUUUGAACUUGGUAUUGGAAUAAUUAUUUGGACUGAUUGAAGAGUACGUAAAAGUGUUUCCACAUAAACUUGUGUUCUGUAAUAGUUGAUGUUAACUUCAUUUUGGAUUACUUUACAUAGUAUUGUUUAUUUACCUCCUAUUACAUGAUGAAUUUCAAAAAAUACUCACUAUUGUUUACAUUAAUUCUGGAUAUUGGUCCCCCAGUGGUAUGUCUGCAGACUUAGAACUCUAAAAACUGGGUUUUGAUACCCGUGGAGGGCAGAGCUUUGUGCUUAACUUCAAACAAACAAACAAUACUUUAUUUCUAAUGUUUACAUAAUAAACUAAUGCAAAUCAUUUUAAUUUUGCUAUACUUGUGGAUGAAAUGUAGAUUACAUGAUAUUUCAUGUAUGAUUUGUGUAAAGAGUUUUCUUUUUUCUUGACUUGGACACAAGAAAUGACAUUACAUUUUAAACGGUGUUUACCAUCGAGUAGAAAAUGUAUUGUGUAAUUAUCACAGUUUCUUUGGAUAAAAACAAGUUUCUCAUAUAGAAAAAAAUGGUAAACUCAAGACAGUCAUAACAUUUUUGUCAAUAAAGUUAACUUUAUUGGUAUAAAUGGAAAAGUUGCCUCUUCCAUGACUAACCAGUUUUCAUAUAUGCGUGUUUAAAUACAAAGAACUGAUCUGAUCUUAGCACUCUUGCAUUAAUAUUGAUAUUAAUAUUAAGCUUCUUUCAACAACUUAUGGUAUGGUUUAAAGGUUAGAAAUUUUCUGUAACAUGUUUUCUGUUACCUUCACUAUUAACUGUACUUUGGUUUAUGUUUAUUGAUGGCUAAAGUUUCCGUAAUUCUUACAUCAUGCUUGUGCUUGGUACUACAUAUUCUUUCAGAGCUUUUCUUCAUCAACAGUCAUAUCAUAUUCUUAGUGUAUGUGUUUUUAGAUUUACCAGCAAAAUAUAUAGACUGCUCUAAAUGAUACACAGCUGAUCCCAAAUGUAUUGGUAAACUACGUAAAUGUUUAAAAGUUUAUCUUGAUAAUGUUCUUUAUUUAUGACUAGUUUGAUUUCAAGAUAUUUUUUAUUUUAUUCUUCAAAAUCUAACUGCCUCUACUCAUAAAUGAGAGCCAAUGGGGCUACAGAUGAAAAGAACUACAAGUGUAAGAAAGGACUUUAAAUCAAAGUUGAACUCUUAAUUCAUCAACAAUUGAAAACCUUCUAAAAAAUAUUAACUGUAGUUAUGAUAGCUUUUUUUAAAAUAAAAACAGGUUUCCUAUAUAGAAUAAGUUGUUGUUUUUUUAUUUUUAUAAGAUUUAGUAAUUGCAUGGGUUAAAACUUAACAGUGAAUAUAGAUUAAAUUUGUGAGUUAAAGUCAUCCUUUUACAAUUUCAUGUACUUCACUGUAUUUCCUCCAAAAAUAAUAGUUUGGUUUUUCAAAUCUUGGUUUGUGGGAAAAAAAGUAAAAUGUUUUAUGAACUCAAGUAUAAGAAAUUAAACUUAAUAUUGCACUUUGCUAGUGCCUGGUGAGGUGAAACAUUUUGUGGAAAGAUGUAAUUCAUAUGCUUUCCAAUUUUUACAUUUUGCUUCUGGUUAUUUAUUAAAAAGUUAACUGUAGCUGACAUUAAUAUUGAACUGUUUUUACAAAAAAUCAUGAAAAAAGAUUAUUUUCUAUCUUCUAGAUUUAACUACUUUAAUAAAUGUUUAGGUUACUUUUGAUUUAAAUUUUAAUAGUAUUUAUCCUGAGUAUAUUUUAUUCAGCAUGUAAUUUUACACAAACAGUCUUUACAUAUUUGUUAUUUAUAUUUUCAUAAAAUAUAUAAAUUUAACAUUUUCUUUUAUACUACAUAGUAUCUCACGUAAUGAUGAUCUUGAAGUUUUGUGGUUAAAUAAAAGUACUAAUGCAGUGUAUCCCAUAUUUGAUGUAAUCGGAUGACUUUUUUUAAGUAAUUAAAUGGUUAAAACUAAUACAUAAAUGGUAUUAACUGUUCAAUAGAUGUGCACGAAAGCAUAUGUUACUGUAAGGUCAUUGUUUUAUGUGUAUACUGUAGUUCACAAUAAAAUACACAAAAUUAG